GUGAACGAUACUUGAUACUUGUACAAGGAGCUAUGUGUUUUGUAUUAGUGAAUCGUUGAACCGGGGGGUUUUGUUGGCUAUGAUAUAAAUUCAACACUUCUCUCCACACACAACAAAUGUGUAUAAAUACGGUGAUCAUCUUAUAGCUGGCAGUAGGCGAGGCAGAGAGCUGUCUGGAAUGGUUACACGAUAAAAGAAUACAGCUAUAAGUUAACUGAUGGCACGUAGCAUGUCCUAUAGCCUGUAACAGAAAUUGGAAACUAAGUCAGAAAAUCAUCGAGUGCUCCGACAACGGUAAAGCGGCAUUAAGAUAGAGAGAGACUACAGGAACCAACUAUGCCGAAAUAUAAACUUUAUUAUUUUAACUUAAGGGGAAGGGUUGAACUAGCAAGGCUGUGUUUUGUUGCUGCCGGAGUAGAGUUUGAUGACGUCCGAAUUCCUAUUGAUAAAUGGUCACAAGUUAAAUCUACUACGCCUUAUGGAGAACUACCAUAUAUGGAAAUAGAUGGAAUCAAGGUCACACAGAGUCUGGCGAUAGCACGUUAUUUAGCUGGUGAAUUUGAUUUGUUUGGAAGUACAACAUUUGAACGGUUGAGAAUAGAUGAGAGUGUAGAAUUGGUGGAAGAUUUCAGAAAGGGAUUUGUUACUUAUUACAGGGAAAAAGAUGCAACCAAAAAGAAACAAUUAAUGGAUAAAUUUGAAAAGGAUGAUAAACCCAAAUAUUUAGGAAUAUUCUCUAAAUUAUUAUCUGAUAAUUCUUCGGGUUAUUUAAUAGGUAAUAAGUUGUCUCUUGCAGAUUUAGCAUUGUAUGACGUCAUGCAGUACCCGUUGGACCAAUCACCAGACUUGUUUGAUAAUUAUUCAAAACUCAGGGACCACAGAAAUCGUAUCGAAACAAAUGCAAAAAUUCAAGACUAUCUGCGGACACGACCAAAAUCGGCUAUUUAAAAUCCAAAAUUAUUUUUUAUUUGAAAAUUUAAACCAGGUUCUUACUUUUAUUAUAUUCUGGUUUCUUUUGUUUUAUAAAAAAAAAAUCACUCUAAUUUAUAAUUAUUAAUUGUCAUGAAUUAGGGAUAUACCCAUGGUGCAUAAGUUAUCUCCCCUUUGUUACUAGCAUAUACUCGAUUGAACAUGCCGGAAUUGAAUCCCGAAAAAAGCUGAAACAUAAUAUUCGUUGUGUUUAAUAGCGUCACGAUUCUACUCACACCAGCACCGUUGUCCGGACUGAUAGAACCGUGAAUUCCGAGUCACGCGAUUUCAAUGGGCGUCCUCGCUAGAGACAACGGGACAUAAUUGUUAGGUAACACCAUGGAGGAGACGGUCCCACGUGACCCCAUUGUUUACCUUACAGCAUUGUUUUCCUGUACGUGCUAUACGAACUGAUGUGUUGUUGACAAACGUUAGUUAUUAUCGUUAAUAUAGAAUUUAAUCCCGAUACGUCGAAACACGGUUCCCUUACCAUGAAUAAGGUCGCGUGGAACCGAGUUUUUAUUAGCGAUGCCCAAUCUGAUUAAAACACAGAUCCAAUUUCGUUUCAUGUUUUAUAGUUCAAAAUUUCUAUUUUACUUGUCUUUACUACAUGUAGUGUAGGCCAUCGAAAGUAUAAAAAACGAAACGAAAUAUAGAUCUAUAUUUUAAUUAGAUUGUAGCGAUGCCUAGCAUGAUUUCCUUUGGCGAGGACGCCCAUUAUGUCAAUUCGGGACGUUCCGGACUGUGAAUCGACUAUCCCGUAAUUUAUACUGUUUGAAUGGCAUUUAGUAAUUGAACACAUUACGAUAAACACAGGAGUUUUAUGGAUCAACAAUUACUGUAUUGUAAUCGGAACUACCUUUCUACAGUGAUUCUACUUUCGUUUUCAAGUACAGAUAAUUAUAUACUGUAUACUAAAAACAUUAGUGACACCACUUAAAGAUACAUUAUGUAAGAUUUAGAUAAAGAGCUAGCCAUUCUUGCUAUGAUAGUUCGAACAUAGAUAAUGUAAAAUGAAUAAUUUGUGCAAUAAUUUCAACUACCGCACUGGAUGUUCGGAGCUAAGUCUGGCUCCUCCAUUUUUAGCUUAAAUCAAAAUAUGGCUGAACUGCUCUAAUCUAUUUAAUAUCAAGAAUUGAUUAUGGCCUGGAUCAGUUAAUUAAUAUAUAAUUAAUAAUUUAGAAAACAUUUCAGGCCUAAAGAAAGAUCUGCAGUAGGCGGAAUUAGCUCUUGCAUAAUGUAUGUUUAAGGAAGUGGACCUACAACAAAAGACACCAUGAUUUGGAAAUUUAAUAUUGUAAAAUUCAAAGGAGCGCGCGCACUCAAUCUGGAAAUUUCCUAUGUCAAAAAUCGAGUCGAGUUUGCCAACUUCAAAUCAUAUGAUUGAGAAGAUAACUCAAUUUUCAAUGAUAAUGCACGAGACUGGAUCAUAGAGAAAAAAAAAUAACUGUUUAUGGCCAAUAAAGCAGGAGCAUUGACAUUGAGAGUAAUGUCUUCAUAAAUUUUAAGCUCUUGGUUUUUUUUUAUGAAUAUAAAGAAAGAAUUAUGUCUAAUGUUUCAGCAAAAAUAGUCAGAAUACAGUUAUGCUCAAUUAGAAAUGGUGUCGACCUGGUCCGUAACUUUAGUUUGGUUUAUAUUAGCCAUUUGUUAUGUUUCAAUUCCAACAUAUAUCCUAUUUCGUUUCGUUUUUUUAUAGUUCACAAUUUCGCUUAACUUCGGAAUGAUGUGUAGGGUUGACGAACCAUAAGGGGUUGUUGAGUCAAGUUCUUAUCGUGUUGCGUGGGGAAUUGUGGGUAGAUAUUCGCGGUGAUAGAAAACAAACAAGGAAAUCGUUUUUAAUUCCGAAGACCUCCUUGGACCACCGACACUGUUUAGUUAAUUGAAUGACUGACGUCAUAGGGUCAAAAGUCGCUUGUACCCCCCCCCCCGCCACUACACCGGGCUAGCGGGGGAGAGGGGGGGGGGGCCACCGAAAGUAUAAAAAAAAAAACGAAACGAAACAUUUGUAGGAGUAUUAUAAAAUAAUCAAUGUAUAAUAUGAGCUCAAUUGAUAAAAAUUAAUAGCUUUAAUCUUAAUUAAUGUAUUUUUAACCUUAUUAUUAAAAUAUAUUUAAAAUAAAUAGCUGUUUAUA